AUAAUUCAUAAAAGCUAAUCUGAAGCAGACGUGUUACGAUUACGGUAUAUAUACAGCGAACCACAGUAAACGGUAGUGUCAUUUUUAUGACGGUGUGUCGUGUAUAAUAUAACAAAUUUCAGGAUUAACGUGAAUCAGUUCUAAUAGUUUUCUGAACUUUCAUAAACAUUAUGGCUACUAAGUGGGGUAUCGCAAGUGCUGGAAAAAUAUCUCAUGACUUUGUAACAGCUCUAGGGACAUUACCACAAUCCGAUCAUGUGGUUGUCGCUGUUGCAGCAAGAGAAUUGUCACGAGCUCAAGCCUUUGCUGACUUACACAAAAUUAGAAAAGCAUAUGACAGUUAUGCAAAACUGGCACAGGACAAAGACAUUGAUGUGGUAUAUAUUGGAGCACUGCAUCCUCAACACUAUGAAAUUACAAAAUUAAUGUUAAACCAUGGAAAACAUGUUUUAUGUGAAAAGCCCUUAACCAUGAAUUUAAAACAAACAACGAAAUUAAUUAACUUGGCAAAACAGAAGAAACUGUUUCUAAUGGAAGCUAUUUGGAGUAGAUGUUUUCCUGUAUAUGAAACUAUUAGGAAAGAGAUUGACUCUGGGACCAUUGGAGAAGUUUACCAAGUUCUGGUAAACUUUGGAUUCAAUUUGAGCGAUGUCGACAGAAUUACCAAAAAAGAAUUAGGAGGUGGUACUGUAUUAGACUUGGGAGUAUAUGUAAUACAGUUUGCAUCUUUUAUAUUUAACAAUGAAGCACCUCAAAGUGUACAAGCAAGUGGUGUUUUAAACGAAGAGGGCGUUGAUAUGUCUGUAUCUGUAAGCUUCCAGUAUAAGAAUAAUCGUACUGCAACACUUGUUACAAAUGCUCUGGUUAAUUUACCAAACGAAGCUUAUGUUAUUGGAACUAAGGGAAUGAUAAAAGUUCCAUCAUUUUGGUGUCCUCUGACUGCAGAACUACCCAGUGGCACUUUCACUGUACCACUCCCAGAAGGUGCACACAAAUUCAAUUUUAUUAAUAGUGCUGGAUUGAGUUACGAAGCUGAAGAAGUUCGUCAGUGCAUUUUGAAAGGUAUGAUUGAAAGCCCCAAAGUGUCACAUAAUGAUUCAUUGUUGAUUGCACGAUUACAAGAUGAGAUUCGAAGGCAAGUCGGAGUUGUAUAUCCUGAAGAUUGAAGUAUAGCAUAUAAAAACUAAAAUAUCUGCAAUAUUACGUAUCUGCGUUAAGAAUAAACUUUUUAUCGAAAAUAAAGAAACAAUUUAUAUGUUAUA